CUUAUUAUUUUCCACUCAGUUUCUCGCAGUUUAAAAUGGCGGCGUUCAGCAGCGCCGAGUCCCCACCGCCCGUCUUUAACGGAGACACCGCGGAGCGGGAGCCGGACAGGGACCGGGGCCUGGAGGAGCUGGGCGCCGGGUUGGACUCGUCCUGCACGUCGGGGAUACCCGGAGGUCCGCAGGAUGAGGAGAUCUGGAACAUCAAACAGAUGAUAAAGUUGACACAAGAACACAUAGAGGCUCUUCUGGACAAGUUUGGAGGAGAACACAAUCCUCCUUCCAUAUAUCUAGAGGCAUAUGAGGAGUACACCAGUAAACUGGACGCCCUGCAGCAGAGGGAGCAGCAGCUGCUGGAGGCCAUGGGCAACGGCACGGACUUCUCGUGCUCUCCUUCCCCCAUGCCAGCCCUUCUGGAGGUCAAGAUGGGAGGUUGCAGGGAUGGAGGGGGCGCUCAGGCCUUUCCCUCAGCACCCAACACCUUGGCUGUGCUGCAGACCCCCAUCGACGCCAGCCGAGCCAACCCUCGCUCCCCUCAGAAGCCCAUUGUCAGGGUCUUCCUGCCCAACAAACAGAGAACAGUGGUCCCGGCCCGCUGUGGGAUGACUGUGAGAGACUCGCUGAAGAAAGCUCUGAUGAUGCGAGGCCUCAUUCCAGAGUGCUGUGCAGUCUACAGGAUACAGGACGGAGAGAAAAAGCCCAUUGGCUGGGACACAGACAUCUCCUGGCUGACAGGAGAGGAGUUACAUGUAGAAGUGUUGGAGAAUGUGCCGCUCACCACACACAACUUUGUGAGGAAGACCUUCUUCACACUGGCCUUCUGUGACUUCUGCAGAAAGCUGCUGUUCCAGGGUUUCCGCUGUCAAACCUGUGGCUACAAGUUCCACCAGCGCUGCAGCACCGAGGUUCCCCUUAUGUGUGUCAACUAUGACCAACUAGACUUGUUGCUAGUGUCCAAGUUCUUCGAGCAUCACCCGUUCACCCAGGACGAGGUCUCCUCAGAGGGAACCACCCCUGUGUCUGAGGCCUGUCCGUCACUCCCCCCGUCUGACUCCACCGGGUCUAUAUGCCACACCACUGUGUCCCCGUCCAAGUCCAUACCCAUCCCGCCCAGUUUCCGGCCCAAUGAGGAGGACCACCGCAACCAGUUUGGCCAGCGGGACCGUUCGUCCUCUGCCCCCAAUGUCCAUAUCAAUACCAUCGAGCCUGUCAAUAUCGAUGACCUGAUUCGAGAUCAGGGCUUACCGAGAUCUGAGGGAGCCCCCCCGACCCACCCCGCCCGCUGCUUGAGGAAGCACCGAACACGGACCUCAAGCCCCCUCCUAUACUCCUACCCCAAUGACAUAGUGUUUGAUUUUGAGCCCGAGCCUGUUUUCCGAGGCUCCACUACAGGGCUGUCAGCGACGCCUCCCGCCUCUUUACCCGGCUCCCUGACCAACGUCAAGGUCCCCCAGAAGUCGCCGUGCCAACAGAGGGAGCGCAAGUCCUCAUCCUCGUCUGAGGACCGCAAUAAGAUGAAAACCCUGGGGAGGAGGGACUCCAGUGACGACUGGGAAAUCCCUGAGGGUCAGAUCACUCUGGGUCAGAGGAUAGGGUCUGGAUCCUUUGGAACUGUCUUCAAAGGGAAGUGGCAUGGGGAUGUGGCAGUGAAGAUGUUGAAUGUCACUGCUCCCACACCACAACAGCUUCAGGCCUUCAAAAAUGAAGUGGGAGUCCUCAGGAAAACGCGUCACGUGAACAUCCUGCUGUUCAUGGGCUACACUACCAAGCCUCAGCUGGCCAUAGUGACCCAGUGGUGCGAAGGUUCCAGUCUGUACCACCACCUGCACAUCAUCGAGACCAAGUUUGAGAUGAUCAAGUUGAUCGACAUUGCCCGGCAGACUGCUCAGGGCAUGGAUUACCUGCAUGCCAAAUCAAUCAUCCACAGAGAUCUGAAGAGCAACAAUAUUUUCCUCCACGAGGAUCUGACAGUGAAGAUUGGUGACUUUGGUCUGGCUACGGUCAAGUCCCGCUGGAGUGGCUCCCACCAGUUUGAACAGCUGUCUGGCUCUAUACUGUGGAUGGCUCCAGAGGUGAUCCGGCUGCAGGACAAGAAUCCCUACAGCUUCCAGUCAGACGUCUACGCCUUCGGCAUUGUGCUGUACGAGCUCAUGUCAGGAGCGCUGCCCUAUUCCAACAUCAACAACAGAGACCAGAUCAUAUUUAUGGUGGGUCGAGGUUACCUGUCUCCUGACCUGAGCAAGGUGCGCAGCAACUGUCCAAAGGCAAUGAAGAGACUGAUGGCUGACUGCCUGAAGAAGAAGAGAGAGGAGCGACCUCUCUUCCCUCAGAUCUUAGCGUCCAUUGAGCUGCUGGCUCGCUCAUUACCCAAAAUCCACCGCAGCGCCUCAGAGCCUUCGUUAAACCGAGCUGGCUUUCAAACGGAGGACUUCAGCUUGUACGCCUGCGCCUCACCCAAAACCCCCAUCCAGGCCGGCGGCUAUGGGGAGUUUUCAGCAUUUAAGUAAGUGCUGCAGAUCCCACCAGUCCAUCCCUCGUCACUUCUCAAAAGUCUCGUGUCCAUACGGUGGAUUCAUUCAUUACUGAAAAAACAAAUAGUCUCAAAGAAUGUGCUUUUUUCUUCUUUCAACCUGAAGAAGGCAGCCUCAAAAAAAGAAACUUGAAUGACACAAAAGAAAAACAAAACAACGCAAAGGUAUCCAUACCAAAAGAGUUUUAAGAGAAGAUGGAAAACUCCACAGAUCGACUUGCCUGCUGGAGGGAAAAAAUGAAGGCCAAAGGAAGGAGAGACGAAGGUGGAACAGGAGAAGUUGAGGUUUUUGGGCGCCACUCGUCCCGUCAUUUCCCGCGUUGAGGAUGGAGGCUGGUUUGUCAGCCGGGCUGCUGAACUGCACUUUGAGCGACUGCAGAGCGGGGCCUGUGGAAGGAGAAGAGGCCUCCCGUCCGUCGGCUGAGAUGGAAGGCCAAGGCGUUAGCCCGUCCCCGAGAUGAGCUGGAGGUCAAUCAGCAGGGGUUAACCCCCAAAGGAAGAUAACUUGAAAGAGAUCUAUUUUUAUUUUUUCAUUUUUGUUUAUCAUAUUUUAGGUUUUAGCUUGAGCUCUUUUUUGUUAUUUGUUUAUUUUGCAGCAAAGGCCGUUGUUUUUUUUUUUUUCUUUUCUUGGGCUAAAUGCUGACCAAAUUCUGCCCCCAACAGAUUUGACACCCACGAUGAAACAGCAACAGCUAUUUAUCUACUGAAAGAUUUUGCUCUAACCUUCACAUGUAAGCAGGGGAAGCAGUUCUUUGUGUAGAUGUCCUGUAGGAACAGGAGCUGUUGGGAAGAAAAAUUUGUUUGGUGACGGAACCUGCUGAAGAUGGAUUUCUCAUUCCAUUUAAAAGGCCUGGUCUAAAGCCAACAAACGAGCUAUGUGUUAAUUAGUAAGCUUUAGAGGUGUUUGAAAGAUGUUGCUCCAGAGAUGCUCUACCUUUUCAAAGGAUUUCAUGUGUGUGAAAGCAGCAGAAGUGGUUCUUUCCAGAAGAUUUCUAGUAGAAAAGUGUUCUGCCGGGCUGUUCAUAGGGAGGGAAAGCACAGAUUUGCUCAGAGGUGGAAGGGUUCUCUUUCUAACCUGGCCAAGCUGCUGCUAAGCAUUUACACUAUGCUGAGGAGUGUGUACAGGCUUCUCUAAGCUUUUAAGUUGUUACACAGCAUCUUUGCAACAAAGCUUUUCCAAGUGCAUGUCGUGUCAUUGUUUUUUCUCUCUUUUUCUUUUUUUUUUUCUUUCUUUGACCAUGUGGCUUUAAUAUUGCACUUGGCUUAAAAUGGGACCUUACCUGUUGCAGCUGCUGACUGUCGGGCUGCAGCAUUACCUGCUGAAAGGACCAGUGAUCCUCUGUUAGUCUGUUCUUUCAAUCACACCAUUUUACUUUCUCUACACACAUGCACCUGUAUUUCUUUUUUCAUUCCAGCCUGUGUUAAGAGUUGUAGGUGUUUAUUACAGGUUCUUUUUGUUUUAUCGUCGAUGUUUGCCUUUUUCUGUACAGGCAGGCCUGCAGAUAUUUACUUAUUUAUGUGAUUUUUUUGUUUUUGUUUAAUGGAUUUAUUUUCAGAACCGCUUUAUUUGAAGUUACCAGUCUUUCUUUUGACGCUUGUUUAAGUCUUUGUGACUCGUGUACUUGCACUUUGUAGAGAUGGAUCGAAGCAAAUGAGCAACUUGCCUUUUCUUUUUUUUAUUGAAGAAUAAAUUGUGACAUAAAGAGCUGAUGACCCAAAAUUCAAUUUCAAAUGCUCAAGUCAUCUGCAGGGGCUGAGCUGUGAAUAUUUUGCUGGGAAGGCUCAGUUGUCAUCGAAGGACUGUCUCCAGCAGCCGAGCAUGUCACCAGAAUGACACUGAUGGCCUGAUGAAUUGAUGUUGAUGUGAUGAGGUAGAGCACACAGUGUCCAUCCAAACACUGACAGACCAGUUCUUCGCAAUUAUCAAGGAUCAUGUACAGCUUUCCAUCAUUAACUAAGCCACAGGCACCACCCCCCACAACAAUCUGAUUACACGUUAGGAAAUACAUCUAAGCCAUUAGUCCCAUCUUUGUGCGUCCGGGAACCAGGCUGUGUUGAGUUUUGCCUAGCUUAGCACAAAAGCUGGAAACCGGGGGAAACUGCCAGCCCUGUCCCGGUAACAGUCUGACUACUCAUCACAGCCCUGGAUUACCACUUGCUGUAAUUUAGACACCGUGGGCACCUCAUAAAAUGUGUCCAGGAAGCAUAUUAAAUACAAACUGUUAGGAAAUCUGUGUAGAAGGUGGGAAAAUCUAUGUAUUUUGGUGCCUGGUUUUUUCCCCCUCUCUCAAAAAUGAAGAAGAUUGCCUCCCUUCUACUGAGUUUGUAUUUUUAACCUUCUUCCUUACAAAUUUCAUGAGCUGUUCAGUGAUCACCCGUAAUGUCUCAAGGCAGGUUGUACACAAAAAUACACAUUUAAACAUGAUAUCAAAAGUAUCUGUGGACUGGAUGUAUAAAGAUGACAUUUAUGUUAGCAUCACAUUACCCAUUUUGCAGACAAAAUGUCCCAAAGUGUGAUUCAAUAUUUGAAGAGUAACAAAACCCAAAUCUGUGUGAAGCCUGAUAUCCACUGGUGAAAGUAGGGUACAGUAUGUCCAUCUGCUAUUGGCUGGACUAUGUAGAUAGAGGUGCACUUAAGUCCCGCCCCUUUUUGCUCUGUUCUCCAGUAAUAGUCAAAUAAGCCUCAGUCAAAAGGUACUUUAGUACUCAGUACUUAGAAAUGCUUUGUGGUAGGGCUAAUCUGUGUUGAAAAGACAACCACAUUUUGAAGAUGGUUAAAAGAUAAAAGCAACAUAUAUUGUCACAUCUUAAGUUAGCUAAUGUUAACAAAAUGCUAGCAAACAAGCUAGCUAAUCUACAUCAAUUGUUACAUGGUAGUUAGCUGGCUAGUUAGCUAGCUUUUGUUAACAUUAGCUAACAUAGCUACUGUAAGCUAAGAUGUGACUACAUACAUGUCGCUGUUGUCUUUUCAACAUAUAUUAGCCUAGCACAUAGCAUAUCUAAGUACAGGAAAAGAGGAAGUUGACUGAGGUUCCAAAAUGGGCGGGACUUUUAAAAGGGUAAACUCCAGGUGUAUUACAGUUUAUUGUCAUAGUUUUGAUUAACAUUCCUGCCAAGCUAAUUUCUGAGAUCUGGGAAGACAAUAGGGCUGUCACAUUUUAUUUGCUCAAUGUGUAAAUAAGACAGUUUGCUAACAAGUUAACUGUAAAACGUUUUGUCACAUGCAUUUUUUUGUUUUGUAGAGUUCUUCUGCCUGUUUUUCCUUUUGUCCACCUGGGGGUAGCAGAAACAAGUUUUGAAUACAACAUUGACAUUAAGCAGUUACAGAGCGACAUUCAUUGGAGGUUUAAUUCAUACAUUGACACAUAAAGCAAUUGAUUAGAGCCACUUUAAAGAAUUAAUCUAUUAUAUUAAUUGCCAUUGUUUCAGCAGUAAUGUUUGCCAAUGUCGGCCAUGUUGGUGGUUCACAUGUUGCUUUGCGUUCUUUCAACAGUUCAGUCGAAGCAACGCGUGCCUUGUGUUAAAUGCUGGGGAUUGACUUGUUGCGCACUAACUGGUGUUUGUUGUUGUUUUUUAGUGGACACUCACAGAAACAGCUGGUAUCACCUGGCACUGAAGACCAGUCAAUAGCAGACAGCCACUUCAGUGCAUGGUUUAACCUGUACAUUUUAAGGGAAAGGGGCUUCACAGAAUUUUGUUUCUUUUACUCUACUAUUAUCUGACUAUUACUUAUACUGGACUCCAACAUAGUAUGUAGGUUAGGGUUCGACUGAUGUGUAGAGCAAUGUAGGCCUUUUAUUAAAUAUUGCAUAUCGCCUGGUGGUGCAACCCCUCUGUCCACAGCUUCACAAAACAUCUGAAGAAACCUGAACUGGCGUGUUAUUGACCUUUUUGACAAGAGUUUGUUUGGGUUGUGAAAGAGACUAGGCACUAGUGAUUGAACAGCUGAGAACUUCUUGAAGUCAUACAAUUCUAAAGUUUUGAACAUAAUGAAGUUGUCAGUACAAAAUACUAGCCCAGUAAUACUGGUAUUGCAGAAGAGGAUGAGGUCAUGUGGGAAGAUUAGAUUAGAGUUUAAUCAUUGAAUUCUACAAACUUUUGUAAACCCUCGAUCUUAAAGGCCCAAACACACUAAGGUGCAGCGUACCCUUAAAAUGCACGCGUGAGUUUGUUUAGGUCUUGAGAAUUUUUGUUAGUUUUGGCUUUUUUGGGGGGGAGAAUUGUGACUUAAGGCUAGAAGUAUACCUAGAAAUGUCAAACUUUGUUGUCGUAACUAUUUUUUACCUUUAUGAUGCACCAAAUAGAGAGGGGAAACCUGCAAAGGGUGAAUGGGAGAGUGAAAUGCAACAAAUGUUGCCUCCAAGAUACAAGCCAUGGAUGUUGCAGUUGCAUCUUAAACCACACCAAAGUCUGACUUUGCGGAAAAAACAUUUCUAGGUAUACUUCUAGCCUCAUAAUUCUCAGAAAGAAAGCCCAAACUAAGAAUUUAAUAAGAACUGAAGUAUGCCUAUUGCUUUAAAUGGCCCAACACGCACCAAAAGUAAUGUGCCUCUAAAACUUUUCUCCAAAACGCACCUGUCCAAUGUUUUCUGUGCGUUUUUAAGAUGCAACCACAACAUCCAUGGCUUGUAUCUUGGAGGCAAAGUUUUUUGCAUUUCACUUUUGCAUUGCAUUUCCUGUUUCCCGCAUCAUAAAGAAAAAAAAUAGUUCUGAGAACAGUCUUUACAAAACUUUACAAACUUUACAAAAAAGGGCAAAAAUAGGACCAAAAAAAUCGUAUUGCGAUUAUUUCGAUAAAUAUUGCAAUAUAUAAUAACAAUUAUUGAAAUCAUGAUGAUGUGAAAUCUGUUUGGGUCUGUACCAAACAAACAUUCUUUCUCAGAAAGAUUUGCAUGCCUGGGCAUCUGUGCAGCACUACAGCACUUCAUUAUAAUGCUGUUUGUCACACGUUGUACCUUGCUGCCUUUGAUUUGGAUAUCGCCCUUGGCAAUACUGCGAGUUUGAUAAUAUUUGGAUAAAUUGUGCACCCCUAAUUGCCAGGUAUAGUUCUUGCCUCAAUUCUAAAACUCUAAAGUUUGUAGAUUUCAAUAAUGGCCUCAAAUUACUGGAUCACCAGGUGCAUUGACCUUACAUGCUGUGGAGUUUUUGAUCAUACCACGUGUUGCAAGCGUAGAUUUCCAUUUUUCCGAGCAUUCCAAGGACUUCCUGUCCAUAUCGGCUUGAAUGUAGAGCGUUUUUUGUUCGUGCUUGGCCUUGAAAGGAGCAUCUGACAGAACAAUCUCAACUCAAGGUUACUUAUGUGCUUGUUCUAGAGCUUUUGAUCUCAGCAACCGCUGUUUCCAAGGUGAUGAAUGAACUGUCAAUGUCAACUUUUAAGCCCUCACAGAUCCAGAGGUGCUCAGAUCAUGGCAAGUUUAAUACAAAAUAAGCUCCCAGAACCUCACUAGAAGAAGCACAUGGCCUUAGUCCUCUUCCACAGGCGUCAGUAUCCUCCUCCAGAGAGCAGAUAGCAGUGGCUGCUGUACUGGGAUCUGCUGUUGCACACUUGUAGAUUGCUCGCUGUUCACAUGACGGGAGCUAAGGAAGGAAACAGUAAUGUCUUUCAUAGUGCUGUAUUUAUUUUACUUUUAGAGAUCUUUAUUUUCUAUGAGAAUAUUAUCACAGAUGUAUAUCUGCUAAAACUACAUAGACUACAGGAGCAGACACUGAGCUCCGCCACUGAGGCUCUCCUCUCCACCACACAUUCUCUGUCCCUCCUUUUCAUCCAGAACUACACGUUCCACCUUUCUGUUCCUUUUUCUUCUUAAACAUUCCCUCCCUCUCCUCCUUGCCUGCACCUUAAACCCAACAAUUCUUUUCAACUGAGAACUACCAUGAAAAACUUUAUGGGGAUUUGUUUUUGUUUUUUUUCACCUGUAAAUAGUUGUACAAAGGAAAUAUUGUCAGUUUGCUAAGAGGCAUGGAGACUUCAAAUGUAACAAAUUAUAAAAUGUUGAAAACAAAGAGACAAAGAUUAAAAAGACAUUUUGAUAGGCAGACUUCUGAGAAAAAAACGGUCGAGUGUAAAAAUAUUUAAGGCUGUAUAAUAAGGAGAAAGAGCUUAAUGUAUUUGUUGUGAAUAUGAAAAACUGAUAUAUUAAAGAAGUGCAUGAAAACUGUA